CGGAGCGACAACAGCUUCGGAUUUUCCGUCUUUUCGGAACGUGGAAACUUUGAGAGAGAGAGAGAGUGAGAGAGAAGAGAGAGAUUCAAGUGAUUUCGUUAUGCUGAUAUCGAAGAGACCAAGAGAUUUCGCAGAGUUGCGGAAGUGAGAUUUCUUCAAGAUAUUAUACAGACAGUUCUUCGCCCUUUUCUUUUUUUGGAUGGUGAGAGAGAAGACAAACACUGAAAACCCUUCUUCGGAAAUGGACAAGGGCCGUCGAGAUGUGAGGCGUGGAACCAAUCGAUUCUCCAAGAAGAAAUCUGGGUUAAUCUCUGGGGUUCCCGGAAAAUCGAAGAAAGGAGGAAUCUUUAAGAAAAUGGGUUUUAAUGGUGAGGUGAAUACGAGCCAGGAAGUUCGUCAUCAGCAAGAUAUGGGCUUCGAGAUUGAAGCUUCGUCGAAGAAAUCUAAGCUUCCGAAAAGGAAUUUCAAGGACACCAAUGGCGUGGUUCAUGCCUCUGUACCGCGGAAGCUGCGUUCAGCCAUGAAGAAACGGAAACUGGAUUCUGUUUCUAGAGCUUCGAAGAAACUCAACAUGUUCAAGACCGGAGUUGAAUCGCCAAAGGGCUGCGUAAAGAAGGAGAGACUCGAUAUGGAAUCGAAAAUUGUUACUGACCCGAUCUCCAAAGAUGAGGAAGAAGUCGUGGAGACAUUGUUCACGUUAGCGGAAAUGUUUCCCGGGACUGAAUCCGCUGAUAGGACCAGUAGAUCGGAAGAUGCCUUGCCCGAUAAGAAAGAGGCUAAGCCCGAGACAAUCAAAGCUGAAGUAGACCCGAUCUUAGUCCCUGAGGCUGAACCUACAAUUGGCGAAUCUCGUGGAAAGGCGGUUUCUGUCAUGUCUUCAGCUGAGGCUAAGCAAAAUGGUGAAAUGCCAGUUAGGCAAGCCGAGAUUUUUAGCAGCUCAACUGGAACCCUAGAUUUCCUCGGCAGAUUGAAACAAGGCUCGGUAAACGUAACUGAAGCAACUGAAAUGAAGAUUGACAUUGCACUUGCAAUGAAAGCUAUCGGGACAAAGCUCACGGCAAGUGAUACGGGCAGUAAGAACAGCUGCGGUCUAGCGCUUUGGCCUGGCUUAUCUUCAACGAUCAAUCCCGGAGCUCAUCUUCUUUCCAAGCCUUCAGCUGUAAAGGUUCCGCCAUGGAUGUCUGGUUCAGCUUCUUCUCCUUCCAAGAAAGCUUCAUUUCGGAGCGACCCUUUGAGAGUGCAGCCGAAGAAGUUGAAGAGAUGCGCCUCUCACAUUUACAUUUCCCGCCUCAUCCGGGUCUUACAAGCCAGCACGAGCCCUCGAGCCCUUCACCAGAACGAGCCAAUACCUUCUGAAGUAUCUGUUCGUAGGUACCCGAACGUGCAUCCGCUCGAUAAUGGCAGGACCCAGAAAACGAAACUUGCCCGAGACAUGACUCCGAAUCAGAGCUAUGAUUUCUUGUCUCUGUCAUCGGCUGGAGAUUCUAACAUCAUGGGUAAUGAUGCGACAAAUGGGUUGGCAUCAACAUCCACAUCCACAUCAGUAAUCCAGUCUCAUUUUCCUCCUUUGAAUUCAAUUCCGCAUCAUCAUCAUCAUCAUGGGGUGAGGACAUUCUCAAUGCCACAACAAGAAACUAGCCAUGUAUCUUCAGCUUACAUUAGCCGGUUUCCGUCUGCACCCAUCACCAAUCAGAGGCAACCGCAACUUCCUCCGUAUCUUCAAGGUCCGUUCCCAGCCGCUGCCCACAACCAGCAACAGUUCUGGGCGGCGGCUCAGUACAGAGCAGGAGCAGUAGCCGGAAGCUCCAUGUCGGUGAACCAUUACGCCGCCUACCAGAACGGGAAACCAAACCACGCCUUGAGCUCGGGUAGCCAUUCCACUACGGCGGCAUCCACCCGAUACAACAAUGUCUUAGCUCACCACGAUGUCGAUGAACAGACAAGAACAUCAUCAUCAUCAUCAUCUGCCACUCGUCUACGAAGAGACACGAACGCAGCUGCAGUUGCUCUGCAACAAGCAGUCUUGAAGACCAGACAUACGCAGAGAGCAUGUUACGUGUGUCCCAAGGAAAGGAAAGAUCGGAAUUGGUUUCCGUGUAAAUGA